CGAUGAGAGCGGCUACUACACAGAAAUACAGAAUGCAGAAAUCCUGGGCCAGAACACUGGGCAGACCUAACAAGCAGCAGCAGAAGCGGCCCAGAAUUAUGUAACAACCGCACUGGCAGUGGCCUGCAAAUUUGCAAGUCAAGAGUCACUGGAGAUGUCACUCUGCGCGGAUGGACAACUCGGCGGACAGCUGAGCAAAGCGGCCGCCGCCUGGACUUCUCUUGGUUCAUUCGAUUCCAGCGCUGUUCGUCCGUUUGGUUGUUGAACUUAAUCCCAGCAUGAUGGUGCAACAUUCGGCGAGGGUCCGUUGUCCUGGCAAGGUUGUUAUGGCCGCACACCGACACUUGUUUGUUUGUUGUGGCAAACACACACAGCGCAGGAUUUCAACCGGAUUAAACAGUAAAACAGUAAGCAAGCACUCACUAGCCAGCCGCCCAUCAACAUCUGCCCUCCGAGAAAACCACCGAAGAUGAUCUCACGACGCGACAAAUUGCUGCAGCAGCCGUGGGAGCAACUGCGGUACGCCCAGCACCGCGAGAAGGUCAUGUCCGCCCGCCCAGCCAUCGACACCCACUCGCCGCGCGCCCACGAGCACGUGCAGCGCAAGUGGAAGAAGCAGCAAGUGGAGCGGGAGCGCCAGCAGCAGAUCGAGCGGGAGAACCUGAGACUCCUCCAGAAACUGGGCGACAUAAUGCGCACCAAGCGCAUCAACAACCUCUGGCUGCAGCCGCGGCCCAAUUUUCUCAACCGCGAGAAGCUCUUUGCCACCCGCUCGUACUCCAGCCUGCCGGAAGUGGUCACCAUUUACGGAAAACAACCGCCGGGACCACUUAUCUAUGGCAUGCUGCCCAAACCGAAUGUUGUGGGUCGUUGUCCCACCUGCAGCGGCAAUCCGGAGCGCACCGAGGUGGCCAUUCCCGAGCAGCGAACUCCCUGGGCGCCCGAGAGAAAGUCCUGGAACCGGAAGAGCCAGGAGCAAGUGAAGUUGCAUCGAUGCUACCACUGCGGAUCUGUAAAGACCAGCGAACGCAAGUACUUCGAGGAAUUCUCGUACUCGUACUCCUACGACGAAUGAUGAAGCUCGUGGUUCGUGGGUCAAAUAAAAGUAAAUUCAAGUUUA